AUGGUUUCCAAAACCACGCGAGCUGCUACUGCAGCAGCAAGAAGGGCAGCUGCACGCAUGCGUGCAGCCGCGAAUAGUGCCUCUCACGCCCCAGCAGUAGGCGAGUCGUCGCCUGUUGUCGUGAAUCCUCCACGUGGUGAGUCACCACAUGCAACAGGUACAUCCGUUGCGUCUGCAGCGGGUACUGCGAGUCGUAAUCAAGACGAGUCUGAGAUAGAGCUAAUCUAUUCUGGCGAGUCGGAUGAUGAAUCCGACUCGAAGGCGACUCCUCACGCCUCGGGAUCACCCAGGGCGGACACGGCAAGAGCCAGGUUGACUGUAUCUGGUCAACGUGGCGGCAUCAUGCUCGAGAUCUUCGGAUCGAGUGAUUAUUCUGAUGAUUCUCCGCCUCAGCCAAGUACAUCCAACGAUAGGACGCCUGAAGGUGGUGGUGAUUCACAUAUGCAUCACCACGUGCGAAGUAACUCGAGAGAUCGAGCUGCUACUGGUGUCAGUGCUCGUGCUGACACCACUUAA